AUGGCUGCCUCCAUGUUCUACAGCUGGUAGUUGACCACCUCUACCUUUUGGAACCACCGGCCUCAGGUUCUGGGAAAUUCUGGAUUGUUUAAUAAACAUGGAUUCCAAGUACAGCAGCAACAGCAAAGGAAUCUCACACUACAUGAAUGCGUGAGUAUGGAAUUAUUGCAAGAAGCUGAUGUCUCUGUUCCCAAAGGAUAUGUGGCAAAGUCACCAGAGGAAGCUUAUGCAAUUGCCAAAAAAUUAGGUUCAAAAGAUGUUGUGAUAAAGGCACAGGUUUUAGCUGGUGGUAGAGGAAAAGGAACAUUUGAAAGUGGCCUCAGAGAAGGAGUGAAGAUAGUUUUCUCUCCAGAAGCAGCAAAAGCUGUUUCUUUUCGAAUGAUUGGAAAAAAGUUGUUUACCAAGCAAACGGGAGAAAAGGGCAGAAUAUGCAAUCAAGUAGUGGUCUGUGAGCGAAAAUAUCCCAAGAGACAGUACUAUUUAGCAAUAACAAUGGAAAGGUCAUUUCAAGGUUCUGUAUUAAUAGGCAGUUCACAUGGUGGCGUCAACAUGGAUGUUGCUGCUGAGACUCCUGAAGUAAUAAUUAAAGAACCUAUUGAUGUUGUAGAAGGCAUCAAAAAGGAACAAGCUCUCUGGCUUGCACAGAAGACGGGAUUUCCACCUAAUAUAGUGGAUUCAGAAGCAGAAAACAUGGUCAAGCUUUACAGUCUUUUUCUGUAAUACGAUGCAACCAUGAUAGAGAUAAAUCCAAUAGUGGAAGAUUCAGAUGGAGCUGUGUUGUGUACGGAUGCAAAGAUCAAUUUUGACUCUAAUUCAGCCUAUCGCCAGAAGAAAAUCUUUCAUCUACAGGACUGGACCCAGGAAGAUGAAAGGGACAAAGAUGCUGCUAAGGCACGUCUGAACUACACUGGCCUUGAUGGAAAUAUAGGCUGCCAAGUAAAUGGUGCUUGUUUGGCUAUGGCCACAAUGGAUAUAAUGAAACUUCAUGGAGGGACUCCAGCCAACUUCUUUGAUGUUGGUGGUGGUGCUGCAAUCCAUCAAGUAACAGAAGCGUUUAAGCUUAUCGCUUCAGAUAAAAAGGUACUGGCUAUUCUGGUCAACAAUUUUGGAGGAAUCAUGCGCUGUGAUGUUAUUGCACAGGGUAUAGUCAUGGCUGUAAAAGAUUUGGAAAUUAGAAUCCCCGUUGUGGUACAGUUACAAGGUACGUGGGUCGAUGAUGCUAAGGCACUGAUAGUGGACCAUGGACUUAAAAUACUUGCUUGUGAUGACUGGGAUGAAGCUGCUAGAAUGUUGCUAAAGCUCUCUGAAACAGUGGCCUUUGCAAAGCAAGCACAUAAGGAUGUGAAAUUUCAGUUGCCAAUAUGAUCUGAAAACCCAGUGGAUGGCUGAAGGUGUUAAAUGCGCUGUAAUCAUUAAGAAUACUAUGUUCUGUGUUAUUGUUCUUUUUCUUUUUAGUGUGUGGAGAUUGUAAUUACUAUCUAGGCACACAAACAUUUAAAAGCAUUUGGUCUGCAUUUAAUUCUACCAUUCAGAAUGAACUGUUUGUACGAAGCACGUAUAGUGCAGGUGUCUUCUUUCUUUUGUCCCAACCAGUCUUUUUUGCUUCAAAAUGUAACUUGCAAUAUGCCAGUUUAUUAUUGUUGGGGGAAAAAAGCUGCUAAGCAUUGGGGGUU